AUGGCGACCACGAGUGAUUCUAAGGCGCCUUUGCGCCAAGUUAAAAGAGUACAGUUUGGUAUAUUAUCUCCCGAUGAAAUUCGACGUAUGUCAGUCACAGAAGGGGGCAUACGCUUCCCGGAAACAAUGGAGGGCGGGAGACCUAAGCUCGGGGGGCUCAUGGACCCUCGACAAGGGGUGAUCGACAGAACGACCAGAUGUCAAACUUGUGCGGGGAAUAUGACUGAAUGUCCCGGUCAUUUUGGACAUAUUGAUCUGGCAAAGCCUGUGUUUCACAUUGGAUUUAUUACUAAAACUAUCAAAAUUCUAAGAUGUGUUUGCUUCUACUGCUCGAAGCUGCUUGUUAGUCCGACAAAUCCAAAGAUAAAAGAGGUAGUGAUGAAGUCUAAGGGUCAACCUCGAAAAAGAUUGACCUAUGUUUAUGACUUGUGCAAGGGUAAAAAUAUCUGUGAAGGUGGUGAGGAUAUGGACAUAGGUAAGGAAGGUGAAGAGGGUAAAAAAGGUUCAGGACAUGGCGGCUGUGGACAUUAUCAACCAUCAAUUAGACGUCAGGGUUUAGACCUUACAGCGGAAUGGAAACAUGCCAAUGAAGACACACAAGAAAAGAAGAUUACUAUAACUGCAGAAAGAGUUUGGGAAAUCUUAAAACAAAUUACAGAUGAAGAAUCAUUCAUAUUAGGAAUGGACCCUAAGUUUGCAAGACCAGACUGGAUGAUAGUUACUGUUUUGCCAGUUCCUCCAUUGUCAGUGAGACCUGCUGUUGUUAUGUUUGGCUCUGCUAAGAACCAGGAUGACUUAACGCACAAGCUUGCUGAUAUAAUCAAAGCAAAUAAUGAAUUGAUGAGAAAUGAACAAACCGGUGCAGCUGCCCAUGUUCUUGCUGACAAUAUUAGGAUGUUGCAAUUCCAUGUAGCAACAUUUGUGGAUAAUGAUAUGCCUGGUAUGCCAAAAGCUAUGCAAAAAUCAGGCAAACCUCUAAAGGCUAUUAAGGCCCGUUUAAAAGGCAAAGAAGGCAGAAUUAGAGGAAAUCUGAUGGGAAAACGUGUAGACUUUUCAGCCAGAACAGUAAUUACUCCUGACCCUAACCUGCGUAUUGACCAAGUAGGAGUACCUAGGUCUAUAGCCCAAAAUUUAACAUUUCCAGAAUUAGUCACACCUUUUAAUAUUGAUAGAAUGCAAGAGCUUGUAAGAAGGGGAAACGCACAGUACCCUGGUGCUAAGUAUAUAGUUCGUGACAAUGGAGAAAGAAUAGACUUAAGAUUCCAUCCCAAGCCUUCAGAUCUGCAUUUGCAGUAUGGAUAUAAAGUGGAACGUCAUUUACGUGACGAUGACUUAGUCGUCUUCAACCGGCAGCCUACCUUACACAAAAUGAGUAUGAUGGGUCACAGAGUUAAGGUACUGCCCUGGUCUACAUUUCGUAUGAACCUAAGUUGUACUUCACCGUAUAACGCUGAUUUUGAUGGUGACGAAAUGAAUUUACAUGUUCCACAAUCUAUGGAAACUCGCGCAGAAGUAGAAAAUAUACACAUUACACCGAGGCAAAUUAUAACACCACAAGCAAACAAACCCGUUAUGGGUAUUGUGCAAGAUACUCUCACAGCAGUAAGGAAAAUGACUAAAAGAGAUGUCUUCUUAACUAAGGAACAAGUUAUGAACCUGCUUAUGUUCUUGCCCACAUGGGAUGGAAAAAUUCCUCAGCCUUGCAUAUUAAAACCAACUCCCCUAUGGACUGGCAAACAAAUUUUCACAUUGAUCAUUCCAGGCAAUGUGAAUAUGAUAAGAACACAUUCCACACAUCCUGACGAAGAAGAUGAUGGACCUUAUAAGUGGAUUUCUCCCGGAGACACCAAAGUAGUAGUAGAUCAUGGAGAGUUGCUUAUGGGAAUAUUAUGUAAAAAAUCACUUGGUGCAUCUGCUGGUUCACUUCUGCACAUUUGUAUGUUAGAAUUAGGACAUGAAACAGCAGGUCGGUUUUAUGGUAACAUUCAGACAGUUAUUAACAAUUGGCUCCUUCUUGAAGGUCACUCGAUUGGUAUCGGUGACACUAUUGCUGAUCCACAAACAUACCAAGAGAUUAAAAACACUAUUAUGAAGGCCAAAGAUGAUGUAAUAGAGGUUAUUCAAAAAGCUCACAAUAUGGAGUUGGAGCCGACCCCUGGUAACACUUUGAGGCAGACCUUCGAAAAUCAAGUAAAUCGUAUUUUGAAUGACGCUCGUGAUAAAACUGGAGGUUCAGCUAAAAAGUCUCUGACUGAGUACAAUAACCUCAAAGCUAUGGUGGUGUCGGGUUCCAAAGGUUCCAACAUUAAUAUUUCUCAAGUUAUCGCUUGUGUCGGUCAACAAAACGUUGAAGGUAAGAGAAUUCCCUUCGGUUUUCGUAAAAGGACUCUGCCUCAUUUUAUAAAAGACGAUUAUGGUCCUGAAUCAAGAGGAUUCGUGGAAAACUCCUAUCUCGCUGGUCUAACAGCGUCGGAAUUUUACUUCCACGCUAUGGGUGGUCGCGAGGGUCUCAUCGAUACUGCUGUAAAAACAGCUGAAACGGGAUACAUUCAACGGCGUCUGAUAAAGGCUAUGGAGUCAGUUAUGGUGCAUUACGACGGCACAGUUCGUAACUCUGUGGGACAGCUCAUUCAAUUGCGUUAUGGAGAAGAUGGUUUAGCCGGCGAGACGGUCGAGUUUCAAAAUUUGCCCACAAUUAAGUUGUCCAAUAAGGCCUUCGAGAAAAAGUUUAAAUUUGAUGCUACCAAUGAAAGAUAUCUGAAACGAAUUUUCAACGAGGACAUCAUUAAGGAACUGACGGAAUCCGGAUACGUCAUCGGCGACUUAGAAAGCGAAUGGGAUCAAUUAGGAAAGGACAGGUCUGUUUUACGAGAAAUUUUCCCAAGUGGAGAGUCAAAAGUUGUACUUCCUUGUAAUUUCAGAAGAAUGAUAUGGAAUGUUCAGAAAAUUUUCCAUAUUAAUAAACGAUCACCUACUGAUUUAAGUCCUAUAAAAGUGAUUCACGGUGUCAGAGAUUUACUAAAGAAAUGUGUCAUCGUCGCUGGGGAAGAUCGACUAUCUAAGCAGGCUAACGAAAACGCUACAUUACUUUUCCAAUGUCUCGUGCGGUCUACGCUGUGUGCAAAAUUAGUAUCCGAAGAUUAUCGACUCUCAAGUGAAGCAUUCGAUUGGUUGAUUGGAGAAAUAGAGACGCGAUUCCAACAGGCGCAGGUUAAUCCAGGAGAAAUGGUCGGAGCUUUAGCCGCUCAGUCUUUAGGAGAACCGGCUACUCAGAUGACAUUGAACACUUUCCACUUUGCCGGUGUGUCUUCCAAAAACGUAACUCUCGGUGUACCGCGUCUUAAGGAAAUUAUAAAUAUUUCUAAAAAACCCAAAGCUCCCUCCCUGACAGUGUUCCUCACAGGUGGUGCUGCUCGCGAUGCGGAAAAAGCUAAAAAUGUUUUGUGUCGAUUGGAACAUACGACAUUGCGAAAAGUUACCGCUAACACAGCUAUUUACUACGACCCCGAUCCUCAGAAUACUGUUAUCGCUGAAGAUCAAGAGUUUGUCAACGUUUAUUAUGAAAUGCCCGAUUUCGAUCCUACGAAAAUUUCACCUUGGCUUUUACGUAUCGAGUUAGACCGUAAGAGAAUGACAGACAAAAAGCUAACAAUGGAACAAAUUGCAGAGAAAAUUAACGCCGGCUUUGGUGACGAUCUAAAUUGUAUAUUCAACGACGAUAACGCCGAAAAACUGGUUCUUCGUAUAAGAAUUAUGAACAACGAAGAGAGUAAAUUCCAGGACAACGAUGAAGAGACAGUGGAUAAAAUGGAAGACGACAUGUUCUUAAGAUGUAUUGAAGCCAACAUGUUGUCUGAUAUGACUCUGCAAGGUAUAGAAGCGAUAGCCAAAGUAUACAUGCAUUUACCACAGACUGAAGCAAAGAAACGUAUUGUAAUAACAGAUCAAGGAGAAUUUAAAGCGAUUGCCGAGUGGCUAUUAGAAACGGACGGAACUUCUCUCAUGAAAGUUCUCUCCGAACGAGAUGUAGAUCCCAUUAGGACCUUCAGUAACGACAUCUGUGAAAUCUUCCAAGUAUUGGGAAUCGAAGCCGUACGUAAAUCUGUCGAAAAGGAAAUGAAUGCCGUACUGCAGUUCUACGGUCUUUACGUGAAUUAUCGUCACUUGGCUUUGCUUUGUGACGUAAUGACAGCCAAGGGUCAUCUUAUGGCCAUCACUCGUCACGGAAUCAAUAGACAAGACACCGGUGCUCUGAUGAGAUGUUCAUUCGAGGAAACGGUGGACGUUCUAUUGGAUGCUGCAAGUCACGCUGAAGUGGACCCUAUGAGGGGCGUAUCGGAGAAUAUUAUUAUGGGGCAACUACCGCGUAUGGGAACUGGUUGCUUCGAUUUACUUUUGGAUGCUGAGAAGUGCAAGCACGGUAUGGAAAUGGGCGGAUUGGGUGUGGGCAUGGGAGUCGGCGGAGGGAUGUACUUCGGCGUUGGGACACCGUCCAUGACGCCACUUAUGACUCCGUGGUCGAAUCAGAACACACCUGGUUAUGGCAGUAGUGUGUGGUCACCUGGCCCAGUGGGUAGCAGUAUGACCCCGGGUCCUUCAUUUUCGCCAUCCGGUGCGUCAGACGCGUCCGGGAUGUCGCCAUCGUACAGUAGCGCCUGGUCCCCGCAACCUGGCUCACCUGGUUCACCCGGUGCGCCUCUUUCUCCUUACGCGUCGUCUCCAGCUGGCGCAUCGCCAUCUUAUUCUCCCACCAGUCCCGUGUAUGUUGCUGCUUCACCCAGUCUUACGGCGCAAUCUCCUCACUAUUCCCCAACAAGUCCUUCUUACUCGCCAACAUCUCCGAAUUAUUCACCGACAUCUCCGAUUUACACACCUACUUCUCCAAGCUAUUCACCAACAUCCCCCGGAUACUCACCGACGUCCCCAUCGUAUUCCCCUACUUCGCCCAGCUACUCCCCGACCUCUCCAAGUUAUUCCCCUACCAGCCCCGUUUAUUCGCCCACGUCUCCCAGUUAUUCCCCCACCUCGCCGAGUUACUCGCCGACGAGCUCAACUUAUUCACCUACGAGUCCCAAUUACUCCCCAACGAGUCCCGCUUAUUCGCCGACUUCCACUGGAUACUCUCCCUCGUCGCCCAGGUAUUCUCCGAACAGCCCGGUCUACAGCCCAGCUGCGCAGAGCUACUCUCCAUCGUCUCCCAAUUACACGCCAACAUCACCCGCGUACUCCCCAACGAACCACACCUACUCUCCCACUUCACCGAACUAUUCUCCGACCUCUGCCACCUACUCUGCGUCAUCUCCGAAAUAUUCUCCGACGUCGCCAUCUUUGUCCGGGGGAAGUCCUACAUAUUCACCUACUAGUCCACAGUAUUCGCCCACAAGUCCCCAAUAUUCACCGAAUCCGGCGUAUUCGCCGUCGUCUCCGCAGCAUCCGGGCAGUUCCCAUACGUACUCACCAUCGACACCGAAUUAUUCGCCAUCUUCACCUAAUUACUCAUCACCCGGUUACUCUCCCUCAUCCACCAAGUAUUCACCGACGUCCCCCAAUUAUUCUCCAUCAUCCCCCGCUUAUUCCUCAGCAUCGGGUGGACCUUCAUCUACCUAUUCUCCCACAUCUCCGACUUAUACACCAACUUCACCUAAUUAUGAUGAAGAUGAUGAUUAG